AAAAGUAAAACGAAAAAAAAACUAAAGAAAAGAAAAAACAAACAAACAAACAAACAAACAACAACAACAAAAACCAGUGCAGAAUCUAGAAUUUUUCAAUCAACAUUUGUUGCCAAUAAAACUGUCAUCAUUGCCGCGUUAACAGAAACCACGGCGUCAGCAGCGAUUGCAGCGCUCAGUAUCAGCAGCAGCUCUCAAGCGUCGCUUGCAAACGCCAGCGCCAGCGCCAACGCCGCCAGCCCCAGUCCCAGCGCUGCCGCACCGCCGACAGUUGCAGCCGCAGCCGCAGCCAGCGCUACAGUUGCAGCAGCAGCAGCAGCAACUCCGUCGCCGCCGUUAACGGUAAAAAGCGAAAUCGUUGCAUCUGAUUCAACAGCCGAGCCCUCCCCUAUACAAGAUUUAAUCAUGCAAAUGCAACUGUUGCAAGCACCACCGCCCACGCAUCCACAUCAUUUGCACCUGCAGCAUCCAGCAGCCGCCGCCGCUGCCGCCGCAGCUGCUGCCGCGGGCGCAUAUCAAGCCUAUCCGACGGGCGCCACAGCUGCAAUGCUGCAGCAGAGCAACGUCGUCGCCGUCCAGCAACAUCAUCAACAGCAGCAGCAGCAGCAGCAGCAGCAACAACAGCAACAGCAGCAGCAACACGCAAUGCUGCUUCAUCAUCAGGCCGCGGCGGCUGCCGUUGCCGCACAACAGCAGCAGCAACAGCAGCAGCAGGCACAACAUCAACAGCAGCUCCAACUGCAGCAGCAACAGCAACACCAUCAGGCACAACAGCAACAGGCCGCCCAACAGCAGUUCCACUAUCAGCAGCAGGCGCAGGUUCAGGCUCAUGCUAUGCUACAGACGUAUAUGCAGCUGCAGGUGAACAAUGUGGCUGCUGCGCCGGCCACGCCCACCAAAUACGCGUCAGCUGGAAUGGCGGCAGGUGGAGCACAGUAUUAUGCCGCGCCAACAACACCGCUCACGAUAAUACCGGCAUGUAGUGGAGCCGCUGUGGCUGCUGCCGCCAUGUUUGCCACAGCCGCCACGCCCACCUCAGCGGCGACCACCCCGAGCAACAAUGUAAGGAUCGAUGAACAAUUACUAUAUAAAUUUAAUCAUUGGCGCGGAAGCGACGAACUUUUGAGUCAAGCUGCAGUCAUGGCGCCCGCUUCCGACAAUAAUAAUCAGGAUCUGGCCACAAAGAAGGCCAAACUGGAUUCGAGCACCGUGCUGGCUGGCGGAAUUGCCAAAGCCUCAAAGGUCAUUCAUUUGCGCAACAUUCCAAACGAAUCUGGUGAAUCGGACGUAGUUGCAUUGGGCAUACCAUUUGGGCGUGUGACAAAUGUCCUGGUGCUAAAGGGCAAGAAUCAAGCAUUUAUUGAAAUGGCCGACGAAAUAUCCGCCACAUCGAUGGUCUCCUGUUAUACAGUGAAUCCGCCCCAGAUGCGUGGGCGCAUGGUCUACGUGCAGUUCUCCAAUCAUCGCGAGCUCAAGACGGACCAGAGUCACAAUCAGAACUCGUCGGCGGUGCAGAGUGACUAUCGCAUUCAAUCGCCCGCCGGUGGCUCGCCGUUGCCGCUGUGCGCCGCUGCCAAUGCGACCAGCAACAAUGCCAACAACUCGGCCGAGAACAACUGCAGCACUGUGGCCAUCUUGCAGAACAACACGAGCGCUGUGAAUGCCUCGGCGGGCAGCAACAAUACCAAUGCUGCCGGCGGACCCAAUACGGUGCUGCGCGUCAUUGUCGAAACUCUGAUGUACCCCGUUUCGUUGGACAUAUUGCAUCAGAUAUUCCAGCGCUUUGGCAAGGUCCUGAAGAUCGUCACCUUCACCAAGAACAAUUCAUUCCAGGCUCUCAUCCAGUAUCCGGAUGCCCACUCUGCACAGCAGGCCAAGUCAAUAUUGGAUGGCCAGAACAUCUACAACGGCUGCUGCACCUUGCGCAUUGACAACAGCAAAUUGACCGCCUUGAAUGUCAAGUACAACAAUGACAAGUCACGCGACUUUACGAAUCCGGCGCUGCCACCGGGCGAGCCGGGUGUCGAUCUCAUGCCCACAGCCGGCGGCUUAAUGAAUACCAAUGAUCUGCUAUUGAUUGCCGCCCGUCAGCGGCCCUCAUUAACAGGUGAUAAAAUAGUCAACGGCCUGGGCGCACCCGGCGUGCUGCCGCCUUUCGCCUUGGGCCUGGGCACUCCACUCAGCGGCGGCUACAGCAACGCCCUGCCCAACCUGGCGGCCUUCUCGCUGGCCAACAGCGGCGCCCUACAGACCGCCGCUCCAGCUAUGCGCGGCUACUCGAAUGUGCUGCUCGUAUCGAAUUUAAAUGAAGAGAUGGUCACGCCUGAUGCUCUAUUUACCCUCUUUGGUGUAUACGGCGAUGUGCAACGUGUAAAGAUAUUGUACAACAAAAAGGACUCGGCACUCAUACAAAUGGCAGAGCCGCAGCAAGCUUAUUUGGCCAUGUCUCACCUUGAUAAAUUACGUUUAUGGGGCAAGCCGAUACGUGUCAUGGCCAGCAAACAUCAGGCCGUGCAACUGCCCAAGGAGGGACAGCCGGACGCGGGGCUCACGCGUGACUACUCACAGAAUCCAUUGCACCGUUUCAAGAAGCCGGGCAGCAAGAACUAUCAGAACAUCUACCCGCCAUCGGCGACACUGCAUUUAAGUAACAUUCCCUCAUCCUGCACCGAGGAUGACAUCAAAGAAGCCUUCACCUCCAACAAUUUUGAAGUUAAAGCAUUCAAAUUUUUCCCCAAGGACCGCAAAAUGGCGCUGCUGCAACUGUCGUCGGUGGAGGAAGCCGUCCUGGCGCUGAUCAAAAUGCACAAUCAUCAGCUGUCCGAGUCGAACCAUUUGCGCGUGAGCUUCUCCAAGUCGAACAUCUAGAAUCCGACCCGCGGUCAGGUUCACUGAACUUGACUAAGUGCCAACAGCAGCAUUGCACUACGGCAUCAGUUCUAUUGGCAGCAGCAACAGAUACAAUCUAUUAUUCGUAGUACAAGCGGCAUGCAAGGCAAUCGCCACCACAGCCACUUCAACUGAGAAGCGAGCCCAACCAAUCCACAAUACAAACCACCCAGCCCAUCAAACACAGCAGCAACAAUCGAUGCAAAAGAGCUAUAGCUACUUAUAUACAAACAAAAUCUAAUAUCUAAAUACUGUUCUCAUUAUAUAAAAAAAAAAGCAAACAACUAAAAACUAAAAACACAAUAUGCAUAGCACUAAUUACUGAAAUUCAAAAACUAAAUAAACAAAACUUUACAAUGAAUGCGUGUACUAUAUACAUAUAUAUAUAUAGAUAUUGUAUAUGCAUCAUGAUGAAUACAAUUUCGAAAUUCACGCGUAAACGAAUCAGAACAUUCAACAAAAUACCACAACAGAGAAUGGGGAAAUACACACAAAAACAAAACAAAAAGAGCCCACUAAACAAUCAGCGACGUCGUAUAAUCAUAAGCUUAAAGUUAAAUCUUAACUGUAGUCCAUAAGUAAGUUGCAUUGCAUAGAAAGAGGAGGAGAAACAAAGCGAACUUAGAAUUAACUUAAUUGCACUGUACUGUGUUUUCGUUUUAAGUAACGGCAGAGAGUCAAAUCAUGCAAACCAACAAAGGGAAACUAAAAUAAAAAAUUAAAAAAAAAAAAAAAAUCAAGAAAAACAAGAAAACAAAAUUUAUGUUAAAAAAUGAAGUAAGCGAAAACAAAACAAACAUUGUUUUAUUAUGUAUGAGUAUUUACUGUUAUUAUUAUAUUUUAAGUGAAGCAAAAACUUUCAUUGAUAACUGGUAACCCUGAUUUUUUACACUGAAAUUGCAUGAGCGCAUUUUAGCAGUUUUUAGACGAUUAUCAUUUUGUAAGCGGUAGGUACGAAUCGAAUAAAGUAAAAUGUUAAUUAUAGAGCAAGAGAAACAAACAAUAUCCCAUCAGUCUUUAAGUGUAAUUGAAAUGUAUUUAAUUCUAAUUGAAUAAAGAGCAUCUACCGCAUAUAAAUUGA